CAGACGUGGUCGAGAUGCGGAGUUGCCGAGGGCCUGGUAUAUAACCUCGCCCAUAUCCCCCAGAUUGAUCUUCAUCAAGUUGCCAUUCACAGUCAACCCGGGUACUACACACUUAAGAUCAGCGCUCUACAUCGCUCAAUCAUCUAUCCAACACAUUCACCAUGAAGUGGCUCCUCGCUCUCGCUCCCCUCAUCGCGGCCAACCCGAUCGGCAUCUCUCCUAUUGAGCUCGGUGAUGCUCCCCCAGCCGGCCAGGUCCAAAUCCGCGGCGUCACUUAUGGCGGAACUGGAUGCCCUCAGGGCUCCAUGAGCUCCCAGGUCUCCUCUGACAGGACCACCAUGACCCUCAUCUUCGAUGAGUACAUCGCGUCCAUUGGCCCCGGCAUUGCCGUCACCGAGCAGCGCAAGAACUGCCAGAUCAACGUCGACCUCCAGUACCCCGGCGGCUUCCAGUACUCCGUCCUCAGCGCCGACUACCGCGGCUACGCUGCCGUCCAGAAGGGCGUCACCGGCACCCUGAAGUCUACCUACUACUUCUCCGGCCAGACUCAGCAGUCCAGCACCGAGUACAACUUUGUCGGCCCCGUGAACGGCGACUACCUCAAGCACGACGAGGCCGACAGCACCUCGAUCGUCUGGUCGCCGUGCGGCGCCAACGGCAUGCUCAACAUCAACUCGCAGGUCCGCCUGACGUCGAGCAACACCUCCGCCACCGGCAUGCUCACCACCGACUCCACGGAUUUGAAGUUUACCCAGGUCGUGUACGUCCAGUGGCAGAAGUGCACCAAGUAAAUAAUCCGCGAGAGCUGAUCCGGAUUAAAGGAAUACUGGUUUGGUUACCAUGACGGAAUGGAAGAUUCCUUUCGGGGAGAAUCUCAGGUGGAAACGCUGUUGAUGGAUGUCGCUUUCGCUCUUUCGGGGAGUUUUUGUAGCUAUGCGGGUUGAAGGAAUGAU